UCAACUUUCGGUAUAUAGACAGUAGACCCGGUACUCCAUAUUAUACACGAGAAAGGAAAUUUAUUUUGCUGCCAUAUCAGACCAGGUGAAAAUGGUGAAAAUAUGCUGCCUUGGAGCUGGAUAUGUAGGGGGUCCAACAAUGGCUGUCAUUGCACUAAAAUGCCCAGAUAUUGAAGUAGCAGUUUUAGACAUCUCAGCAGCUCGAAUUGCUGCCUGGAACAGUGACCAGUUGCCCAUUUAUGAGGUUGGGCUUCAUGAGGUUGUAAAAAGUUGCAGGGGAAAAAACUUGGUUUUUAGUACUGAUUUAGAAAAGCAUAUCAUUGAAGCAGACAUUGUAUUCAUUUCAGUCAAUACUCCAAUAAAAGUUGCAGGUUUUGGGGUUGGAAAAGCCACAGAUCUGACCUAUUGGGAAAGUGCUGCAAGAAUGAUUGCAGAUAUCUCAAUGUCAGACAAAAUUGUUGUGGAAAAAUCUACAGUACCAGUGAAAACAGCAGUGAUUAUUGAAAAACUUCUCAUGCAUAACAAGAAGGGAUUAAGCUUUCAGGUUCUUUCAAAUCCAGAUUUUGUUGCAGAAGGGAGUGCUAUUCAGGACCUUUUUAAUCCAGAACUUGUGGUCAUUGGAGGUAGGGAGACUCCUCAAGGGCAGAAAGCAGUUGAAGCUUUGAGAGCAGUGUAUGCAAACUGGGUUCCUCAGAACAAGAUAAUUACUGCAAAUUUGUGGUCUGCAGAAAUCUCCAAAGUUGCUGCAAAUGCUUUUUUGGCCCAGAAAAUUGCAUCAGUGAAUGCAAUUUCGGCCCUUUGUGAAGCAGCUGGCGCAGAUGUCACAGAAGUUACUAAUGCCAUAGGUAGGGAUUCAAGAAUUGGAUCAAGUUUGUUGAAUUCCAGUGUUGGUUUUGGUGGGUCAUGUUUUCAGAGGGAUAUUUUGAACUUGGUUUACAUCUGUGAGUGCAAUGGGCUAAUUGAGGUAGCAAACUACUGGAAACAUGUUAUGAAGAUGAAUGAAUUUCAGAAAAGAAGAUUUGUGAACCGUGUGAUUUCUUCAAUGUUUAAUACACUUGUGGGAAAGAAGGUUGCCAUUCUUGGUUUUAGAUUCAACAGGGUUAGUAUGGCUGACAAUCCUGCAAUUGAUGUAUGCAGGGGUCUUGUUGAAGACCGAGCAUAUAUUAGCAUUUAUGACCCACAAGUAACAGAGGAGCAGAUUCAGAGAGUCCUCUCCAUGAACAAAUUUGUUGGGGAUCAUUCUCCCCAUUUGCAACCAAUGAACCCUUCAGCUGUGGAACAAGUUCAAGUUGUUUGGGAUGCCUAUGAAGCUACAAAGGAUGCUCAUGGAGUGUGCAUUCUAACAAAGAGGGAUGAGUUUAACAUUCUAAACUACCAGAAGAUCUAUGAUAGUAUGCAGAAACCUGCUUUCGUUUUUGAUGGCCCCAACAGUGUGGAUGUACAGAAGCUCAGGGAGAUUGGUUUCAUUGUUUACUCCAUUGGUAAGUCUCAAGAUCCAUGGCUGAAAGAUCUUACACCAAUGGCAUAGAAGAUUCAUUUUGUUUCUCUCUUCUAAUCAGUAUUGUGACUGAUGCUUCUGAUUAUGGAGCUGAAUGAUUAAUGAGUAAUCUAUUUUUCAAUAUUGGAUGUGAACAA